AUGGUUGAAACAGUACAUCUAAGUGAAGAUAUUCCCAUUAUAAUAGAAUCAAAGAAGGUAGAAGAAAUACCAGAAUCAAAAGAGAGUCAGAUUGGAUUUGAAAAAGAGAUUCUUUUAAAUGAAAAGAAGCCAUUAGUAAUGAGUACAGCAAAGGCUCUAAGAGUAGUAAAUGAGAUUAAAGAAAAACUUAUCAAGAUUGAAGAGUACAAUAAUUUGAUAUAUAAAAAAGCAAAAGAAUUUUCUUUAACAAAAGAAAAAACACCAAAACAACAACAGAUAGAGAUUUAUGAACGCCGGACAAAUAUACUUUUACAAAACUAUAAUAAAUUCCAUGAAACUAACGAAAGACUUCAAAGCGCUAUUCAAUUAGAAUCAAAGAAAAAACAGAAGUAUGAAAACGACUUAAAGAAAGAAGAUGAAUUAGAAACAAAAUUUAAGGAAGUUCUUAAAGAUUUAAAUAAUUCACAACAACAAGUUAAUGAAAUUGUUCAAAGGAUACGUGAUGAAGAGUAUUCAAUUCUUGAACUUAUGGAACAAAAAGAGGAUAUAGAGAGAAGUGUUGAUGAAAUACAAUCAAGAAAAGAAGUAUCUGAAGAAGAAAUGAAAGGUAUAAAACAAAAAGAGGAUACAAACAAUAAUAUUUUCCAAGAAAAAAAGAGUUUAUUAGAACAAGAAGAAAAUAACAUUAACAAUGAAAUUAAAGAGGGACAAAAGAAAUUAAAUGAGCUUAAAGAACACAAAGAACAUCAACAAAUAGUUAUAGAAGAAGAAAAUAAUCAAAUGAAAUCAAAUAUCAAUAAGCUUCAAUCUGAUUUGAAAGAAGAACAAAUUGAAGGAAAUAAAAUUAAAAAACAAAUAGAUGAAGUUAAAUUGAAAAAAGAAGAACUCCAGAGAAAGUAUGAGGAGUUUAUUAAUAAAAAUGAGUCUACUUUACAACCAAUAGAAAAUAAUCUAACAGAAAUACAACAAGAAUAUGAUGAACUUACUUCACAAGAAAGUAUUGACAAAAGAAAUAAAACAAAAGAGUCAAUAACUUCAUUAAAAGAACAGUUAAAAGAAAUUGAACAAAGUAAUCAAGAAAUGCAAAAAAAAUUUGAUAAAAUGAUUGAAGAAGAAGAAAAAAAGUUUUACAAAGAGAAAGAAGAGUUUAAAAGAAAAACAGAACAAUACAUUCUAGAAUUAGAAAGGUCAUUAAGUCAGAUUGAUCCAGAAAAAAUAACUGGUUAUAUUGAGAAAACUAAAAUUGGAAUCCAACUUGAUAGAAAGAAAACUGAUACUGGACUGAGUAAUUUGUUACGUAAGGUUGAAGGAAAAGAACUCCAAGAGCCUAAGAAAUCUGACAAAAACAAAACAACAUCAUUUAAAACCCCUGAUGAAAUUAUUCAAGAAGAAAAAGAAAAAAUGAAAAAACUUAUUCAAGAAGAAAAAAUUAAAGAAAAAGAGUUUACACCAGAAGAGAGAGAAGAAUUAAAAAAGGAACUCGAAAGCAAAGAGGAUUUAAAAAAACAAAACGAAAAGAAAGAAGAGGAACUAAACAGAUGGAGAGAAAAAAUUGAAAGUGAACGCCAACAGCUUGAUUUAAAUGCUGCCCAUAUACGAAAAGCUGUUGAACAAUCUUCAAGUGUAUUGAACGAAGUGUUUGGUACUCAGAUUACUAAAAUAGAUGAAACUCUGAUUAUAAAAAUUGAAGAGAUAAAGAGAAGGCUUGAAACUUUGAAAAAAAAUCAAGAAAUAACAACAAACAAAAACACUCCACCAAUCCCACAAAUAGAAACACUAGAAACUAUAGAACAAAAAGACACUACAAUACUUCCAGAACAACCAUUAACAACUAAAGAGAUUUCAGAAGAAAAUUCUAAUCAAAAUAUUUCUUCUGAAUUACCUCAACAAGUUGACAACGUGGAGCCUAUUAUUGGGACAACACAACUAGAUACUACAGAAGAUAAUUCUAAAGAUUUAGAGCUUGCUUUAACAACUCUUCAAUAUUACUUACCACUGUUUAGAAUGGCAGAGCACUUAAAAAGAAGUCAUGAAGAUAGAACAAAUAAACUUGUUACUCAAGACAUUGAACAGCCUAAUCAAGAAGAAAAACAGUUUACUACUUUUAUAAAUAAACAAGAAUGUCUUGAUAUUGUUCCCCCAGAAAGUCCUAUUGAAAACAUUCAGAAUACAGUUAAUAACAAUUCUGCAGAAAAAACUAACACAGAACCUAUACCUGAAAUUAUUCAAAACCCCUCUUUAGGAAAAGAGGGUAUUGAGACCCAAGAAGAAAAGCUUACAAGCCCAAUUGAAGUUGAACAACCCCAAAACACGACACCUAAUACACUCUCAGAGAAGACUGAAGAAAGUACCUUGGUUCAAGAAAAUUUAUAUGACACAAUAGAAAAGAAGGAUAAAGAAAGUAUUAAACAAAAAGUAGUCGAUAUUAUUGGAGAGUGCAUUAAAAGAAAAGAGGAAGAAGAAAAAAAUGUUUCUCAUCAAAACCUAACAGAACCCAUCAAUGAAUCAACUGAGAAAAAAGAAAAGGUUAUUGACGUUAUUGGAGAGUUAGCUUCAGCUGAACAGAACAAAACACAACACUAA